AAAAAAGGAUCUGCAGAAUUUUCAAGCGAUCGUUUUUUCUCUUUAAACGACUGUAAUAUUUUGUUAUUUUUACUUUAAAGCAACUUAGAAAAUGGGGAUUGAAUCUGAGGUCAAUAUUUCCAGUGACGCUGCACCGUACGGAGGGAAGAGUGUUUUUUCUCAGACGGAGCACAACAUUGUGGCUGGAUACCUGAUAACUGCAGGUGUCAUCAGUUUAGCGAGUAACAUUGUGGUGCUGAUGAUGUUUGUGAAGUUCAGGGAGCUUCGCACCGCCACCAACUUCAUCAUCAUCAACCUGGCCUUCACUGACAUCGGAGUGGCUGGGAUCGGUUAUCCCAUGUCGGCUGCCUCGGACAUCCACGGAAGCUGGAAGUUUGGACAUACGGGCUGUCAGAUCUACGCAGCUCUCAACAUUUUCUUUGGCAUGGCCAGCAUCGGUCUGCUCACCGUGGUGGCUGUCGAUCGCUACCUCACAAUCUGCAGACCAGACAUAGGACAGAAAAUGACAGUGAGAUCGUACAACAUUCUUAUUCUGGCUGCCUGGCUGAAUGCAGUCUUCUGGUCUACCAUGCCCAUUGUGGGCUGGGCGGGUUAUGCCCCUGACCCGACCGGAGCAACGUGCACCAUCAACUGGAGGAAGAAUGAUGCCUCCUUCAUCUCUUACACCAUGACAGUGAUUGCUGUGAACUUCGUGCUUCCCCUGUCCGUCAUGUUUUACUGCUACUACAACGUGUCAGCCACUGUUAAAAGAUAUAAGGCCAGCAACUGUCUGGACAGCAUCAACAUCGACUGGUCGGACCAGAUGGAUGUCACCAAGAUGUCCAUCGUAAUGAUCGCCAUGUUCCUGGUUGCCUGGUCUCCCUAUUCCUUGGUGUGUCUCUGGGCAUCAUUCGGCGACCCAAAGACCAUCCCAGCCUCCAUGGCCAUCAUCGCCCCACUCUUUGCCAAGUCCUCCACAUUCUACAACCCCUGCAUCUACGUGAUUGCCAACAAGAAGUUCAGAAGAGCCAUCGUUGGGAUGAUUCAAUGUCAAACCAGGCAGCGGGUCAACAUCAGCACCCAGGUUCCCAUGACAACCUCCCAGCAGCCUCUGACCCAGUGAGGACUGUUGCCUCAGGAUGA